AUGUUCCGCACAGCAGUCCUCCGUUCCGCGGCCGCUGCCACGCGUGCCAUCCGUCCCGCCGUCCAGCAGUCCGCUCCCCUCGCCAGGAGAUCCCUCGUCGCGCCCCAAGCUGCCUUCCGCGCUGCUCCCAAGGCCAUUUCCGUUCGCAUGUACUCUGCCGCCACCGGCCUGAACAAGCAGGAAGUUGAGGGCCGCAUCUUUGCUUUGCUCCAGGGUUUCGACAAGGUCAACGACCCGGCCAACAUCAAGGCCAACGCCCACUUUGCCAACGACCUCGGCCUGGACAGCUUGGACACCGUCGAGGUUGUCAUGGCCAUUGAGGAGGAGUUCAGCAUUGAGAUUCCCGACAAGGACGCCGACACCAUCCACUCAAUCGACAAGGCGGUCGAGUACAUCGUCAGCCAGCCCGAUGCCCACUAA